AUGGAUGUACCGCACGAUGCUCAACCUCAACCACCUCAAGAGGACGGCCCAGUAGAGCCGGGCGAAAACGACGAAGUCAACGACAACCCACCUCAAGUGGAACCAGCUCCAGUUCCGGGACUACUACAUAUCGUUGACCAACGAACAAUCGAAAUGAAGGACAUACUUGAUCGCACAAUUGAUGGAUUAGAGCAAGUGUGUCACCAACAACGAACAGUUCUCAACGAAUUACGAGAACAAGCCGACUUUCUCCAAGGGCUCGUCGCCCAGCCGCCUCCCUCCGCGUCGCCACAAUCUGGCCCCAGCGGAGCGGAGGGCCAAUAUCAGCGCCUUCGUUGCGCAUUCUGUGAUGACUAUCAUCACGCAUGCGACUGUAAGGCCUACAAAACCUUAGGCGAGCGUAAAUUGAGAGCCUUCGAGAGAAUCGUUGUGAACGAUGCCUCAAAAGAGCCGAUCAUAUGGCUACUUCUUGCCCGGACCCAAGCUUUUGUUACUAUUGUAGAAGGGCAAAAAAGAAUUGUUUGUAACUAUUUCACUACUCACUAA